CACCUGCGCUCCUCUCGCGCCAGCCUGGAGGUGGCACCGCGACGGCUGCCCUGCUCCGGGGCUUGCGCUGGGCGAACAAUGGGCUUGCGAGAGGCGACCGCCGCAGAAGCAGCAGCCGCCGCCGCCGCAGCAGCAAAGCUUGCUGCAUAAAAAAAGGAAGCGGGGACUCCUCCUCCUCCUCCUCUCCUCCUCCUCCUCCUCUAGAGGAGAAGCCAAGAGGACGGGUUUAAAUAUGAACGAAGACCCGACGGUUAAUUUAUCGUGGCUGCCUCAGGAUCCCUUAGAAACCAGCCCACCACCAGAGAACAUCUCAGCUGCAGUCACCUCUCUCAUUCCUUCCAGUGACCCAGAACCGGGAUUUAUAGUAAACCCUUGGGAUAUUGUCUUAUGUACUUCAGGAACACUGAUCUCCUGUGAAAAUGCGGUUGUGGUCCUUAUCAUCUUCCAUAAUCCCAGUCUUCGUGCCCCAAUGUUCCUCCUGAUAGGCAGCUUGGCCUUGGCAGAUCUUUUAGCAGGAAUUGGAUUGAUCGUCAAUUUUCUUUUUGCUUAUCUUCUCCAGUCGGACUCUACCAAGCUGGUCACAGUUGGUUUGAUCGUCGCCUCUUUUUCUGCUUCUAUCUGCAGUCUGCUGGCCAUCACUGUGGACCGGUACCUCUCCCUUUAUUAUGCUUUGACUUACAAUUCUGAGAGGACGGUGACUUUUACCUACAUUAUGCUUAUUCUGCUCUGGGGUGCUUCAAUCUGUGUGGGAGUGCUGCCAGUCAUGGGAUGGAACUGCCUCAAAGAUGAGUCCACCUGCAGCGUUAUCAGGCCCCUCACUAAAAAUAAUGCGGCCAUCCUCUCGGUCUCAUUCUUACUUAUGUUCGCUCUCAUGUUACAGCUGUACAUUCAGAUCUGCAAAAUUGUGAUGCGCCAUGCUCACCAGAUUGCCUUGCAGCAUCACUUCCUAGCAACUUCCCACUAUGUGACCACCAGAAAAGGAGUAUCGACUUUAGCCAUUAUCCUGGGAACCUUUGCUGCUUGCUGGAUGCCUUUCACACUCUAUUCCUUAAUAGCUGACUACACAUAUCCCUCUAUCUACACCUACGCCACCUUGCUUCCAGCCACAUACAAUUCCAUCAUUAACCCCGUUAUAUAUGCUUUCCGAAAUCAAGAAAUACAGAAGGCACUUUGGCUUAUCUGCUGCGGCUGCAUACCUUCAAACAUUUCUGCAAGGGCCAGAUCACCCAGUGAUGUUUGAUUAAGAGAGCAGAGGACCGUUGUCUAUUUAGCAUUGUGAUGUGUGAGCCCUGCUGCUCUCAGUACAUUGUACAUAACAGAGUCACAGUCAGUCUGUGGGGAGUAUUUACAUUUAAAAAAAAAAAAGCCUGUUGACCAAAAUAAACCAUGUUGUGUAAGUCCAGGAACAAUCCUGGAAGUUGCAAUUUUUUUUUUUUUCUGGCAAAGCUUAAGUGUUGCUUAGAUUCUGUCCUUUAGUUUCUUCCAGGAUCCAAAGAGGAGUGAGCUCUGUGGAUCGUAAGAAAUGGAUUGGUAGAUUUGCUUUCUCUGUUUGUUUGUUUGUUUGUUUGUUUGUUUGUUUGAAUGAAUGGAAGCCCACUGGCAUAAGAGCUGUGUGUAUCAGAUGAAGGGUAAUAGAGGCAGAAGGCCUAUUAUAUCAGAUUCUAUGGAACACAAUAGCAGAUGGCAAGAGACUUUGUCCUGCUCUUGGAUUUUCAGGUGGCAUCUGGUUGGCCACUGUAAGAGCCGUGUUAGAGCUGAGCUAGGUGAACAGUGGCGAAAUCCAGCAGCAUGCAUGAUUCCACACACACUUCAGAUUAUGUAUCUUGCUUAAAAGACUUCCAUGGAUUUCAACAGCACAGUCGUUACCUUGAGUACAUGUGUGUCUGAUGCACUGUAGAGACAUGUUAAGAUCCAUAUUCUAGCACACAAGUGAUGUUCCAAUCUGCAGUGCUUUAGUUCUUAAAGCAUCACUAUUGAUUUGGUUAAGAGUUUCCUCUCCAACCAAUGCAGUCCAGAAAUAUAUGUUAGUCUUUCCCUUUUUAACAUCAUAACUUCAAAAUAUAGGAAGCAAGGCACAAGCAAGGGUGAAACAAGACAGGUUUGGGAUCUGUAACUUCCAAAACCUUUUCCAGCCCUCCAUUGUAUUACAACCUGGGAGGAAUAAUUAAACCAGCUAGCCUAAAUAAUUUCCAUCCCAAAUGCCUGCAGAAGAGACAAAAAAUGUUGAGAAAAGAAAAGGCAAGAACAACAUCCUUCUUGACAUUCAUCCUGUUAUGAGUUUGGUUGGAGCCUGGGUUUCUUGGGAGUUCUGACAUUUAAUAUGGCUUUAUUAGAAGAGCAGACAAAAUCUGUAAUUUUGAGCAAGAGACAGCUACUGAAUAUUUCACUAAUAACCCAAGACUUCAUCCUGGGAUCUAUAUUCCCAUCUGAAUUGCAGAUGAAUGGAAACAGAUACCCUCAUCUGUAUAGUUUAUCGCAGACGGGCCUAUAUGGUUUGGGAUAGCUAUAGGGAUGAACCUGUAUUUGAUUUCUAUCAAUACUUCCUAAUCCUGCCACUCAAAAGGAGCUGAUUUAAAACAACAACAAAAAAACAGUAGUCCCUUUAUAUUUACAAUAGGGAAACUGGUCCUACAGAUAGUUCUGGGUAACAAUUUCCAUCAUCCCCAUCAGGAUGUUGCCUGGGGUUUAUGGAAAUAAAAUCCAACAACAAUAACAUACAUUAUGCUAGAGAACAAUUCCCAUAAUUUAUCUAACAAGCAAAAAAUAAAACAAAAGAACAGCCUCUUUCCAAAUUGUUUACACAACUAAGAAUAAAUUAUGUUGUUUCAUUUUUUUUUUUUGCUAAAAGAAACAUUCUUUUCCCUCUUUAUUAUUUUUUUAAAUGCAAAAGUCAUAACUUUAUUAAUAUAAAACUAGGCUGUAAAUUCAGUGAAAAUCUAAUAACCCGGGAAUACGUUGAUGCUGAUGAUUAUAAAUCCUGAACAACUCAUUUUGCAAUAAAUAUGACUGUUAUGCAGAGCUUGAGGUCCAAAUAUUCAGAAUUCCAGACAGAUUCAAUUUUUCAGGUGGUGUUGCCCACAUAUAUGGUGACAAACCAUUACUUCGGAAUGUUUAAAUUGACAAACCUACUACUUAAACUAUCUUAUUCACUGUUAAAUAAACAAGGGCAUGCAAACAGAUUGUUGAACAUUUUUUAUAUAGGGGCAGCUGGUUAUUUUUCUAAACAUUCAUUUUUAAGGCUCCAAGAACAAUUUAAUGACAUAAGCUACUUAAUUUCAGCAUUUUAUCUCCAUCAUCAAUAUGUAAUUGCUCUGUAAAAUAUGCGCUGAAUUGUGUGUGUAUGUUUCAUGACAUUUUCUUUGUUCUGGCUCCAACCUCAAAGCUUGACAUUUUCAAGUGGGAGCACAUGUGACCGCCAACCCCCCAUCCCACAUAAUGAAAUGUGCAUAAAACAUGUUGUCUAGUUUAAUAGCUACAUAUCCUUCAUAUCAAAGCACAAUACUGAAUGCAUAUUAUUCCAUUUCCUUCCAGGAUAUUAGCUUUUUUUUGUGAUGGAUGGAGCAUAUUGUCAUGACAGAGGGUUCAGUGAUGCAAGGCAACAUAGUUGAUUUCUGUAGAUGAGAACCUUUUGGGGCCCAGAGCAGGAAAAAAUGAUUUAAAAAUUGCAUUCUAUAAAAUACAGCAUUUCAAAGCCAUUGUCAUGCACACUCACUAAAGUAAAUGUGACUUAGUUUGAUGGAAGAUAAACACAUGUAUUUGCUGUCUGAGCCAGGGAUGGCCAAUUUCUGAUGUCUGCAUCAGCGAGACUUCCCAGCUAUAGGCUCUUUGCUUAUAUAUUUCACUAAGCAGAACAGAGAAACCAAUCUGGAACAGUGUGUGAAAAAGAUCUGAGCAUCUUUCCAGUUUGAAUUAAUUGGCUUUUUUUUCCUAAUUGAGAUUCUCCAUGGACCAAAUCCAACCGUAUAUCUCUUACCUGCAGCCUUUUUGCACAUAUCCCAAGUCUGCUACAAAUUUUGGGGAACAGGGAGGAGAAGGAGAAGUAUGAUCCACCAGUAAUGCCUGUUGUGCUCCUGGAAGGAUUAUGCCUUUGAACUCAAUCUUUGCUUCCUGCCACAUCAGCAAGGGGGCAACUGCCUACAUCUCUAUGUCUCCAUGCUAUACAAAACACCAUCUGUUGAAUUUUGGCCUAUGGGGAAGCUGCUAAAAACAUAUAAGCUCUGUCAGGGAAAAGGUGGCACUGCUUUCAUGCAGCAAAAGAAAAGGGCUGAUUUAAGAUUCAGGAAUUAAUUGGAGCAAAAGUCUGUGAAGUGAGGGAGGGCAGUAGAAAUGUCCCUAGACCCCCAAAUGUCAAUCCAAGAAUGAUGUCUGUCCAAGAAUAUGAUUGCUAUGCAUUUAUAUGAGUUUACACAUCUUCUGAAUGUUAAAGAUAUGCUAUAUUGUUGCAGUGGUAUCUUUCUGUAUAAAUUGUUUAAAUUUUAAUUGUAAUAGAAGAAAUAUUGAAAGUUAUAUUUAAAAAAAAUACUGGUAUAAUAUUAUAGAUGGAAGAAGAUGCUAUAUUGCUGACACUGAAUUUUAUUAACUCAAGGGCUGAUUCAGUCAAGUGAAAUUGUGAUAGGACAUUCUUCUAGUGCAGCAGGAACUAUUUUUCCAUUUUUUAGGUGAAAAACCUUGUACCUAAUUUGUGUCCUGCCUGGAGCGCACUCUCUUGUGUAUAGCACUGCUUUUCACAGGGCGAAUUCCCUCCUACCUUCAACUGAAGGUUGAGGAGGACCAGGAGUGCACCUUCUCAAAGAAACAUGUUGGAAUUGGUUCUUAAUCUUUGUCUUUUGAUGUGGUUAUGAUGAUGAACAUGUCUUUUGUGGCACGUUUCUAUGGUGUUAAACAGUUUACAAGGUCUACACAAAACCAAUUCUCAUAGGUGUGAAAAGGCCUCGUUUUGAGACCAUAGGGCAAUUUUUCCCAACAUGGUGCCCGCUAGAUAUGUUGGUAUUUCCAUUUUCAUAAAGCCCAAGCAGUAUGGCCAGUAACAUAUCUGGAGGGCAACAGGCUGGGGAAGAAGCGCCCAUAAUGAUUUGUACUGCAAUAACCUAGAUUUUAUGCCAAAUUAAACUCUGGUUUGUUUGCUUUUUUCAACUUGAACAUUGUAAGGACUUAUCCAAGUGAAUGUACUGAGCUUGUCAUUUACUCCAGACGCACAGAUAACUAGACCAAGAAUCCACAUCUCAAAAUUGUAAUGUGUUUCUGGGUGUACAUUUGUACUAUAUGGAAGUUCUGAUCGUUUCUGGUUUUACUCUAGGAACAAAGACAUUUGGCAUAAUGCAAUCUAGAAGAAUGCUCUUGAUUUUUAUACAAAGUGUACCAAAUUUAUGAUGUAUGACAACUAUAUGUUAGCUUGUUUACUAAAUUAAAAAGUCAAUUGAUUUGA